GAACCAAUCAUUCAGAUUUUUCGCUUUUUUUACUCAAUCUUAUAUUUUCUUUGGCUGCUAUUAGUUUCUUUCUUCUUCCUCUCACUGCUCAUAACCCGUUGAAUUGGUAAAUAAAAAACUUCUCCGGCGACAUGUUCCCGGCCGUUUUGACUCAGGUGGCAACCGGCUUGAGCGUCUUGGCCGGCGCCGUCUUAUUCAAAUCCGUCGCGGAUCAAAAACCCAUGGCCGGCCCGUUUCAGAGAUGCCCGACUUGCAACGGCACGGGUCGCAUCUCAUGCAUUUGUUCUCGUUGGUCCGAUGGAGAUGUCGGCUGUCGGACUUGCGCGGGGUCGGGUCGCAUGGCGUGCAGCAGCUGCGGUGGGUCCGGUACCGGCCGACCCCUUCCGGUCCAAAUUUCCGUUCGUCAACCGACGAACCGUGGCUUUUAAGUCAUCGGGUAUUGACUCUUGCCUAUAAACAAAGAGUUGAAUGAAUUGUAAUCUUUACAACGAACUGUGUUGUGAGUUUAUAUUAUGAAUUUGAAGAAUUCUGCUGUAACAGAUUAACAAUUCUGUGCUUGAAAUUUUUAUGAAUAUAUGAAAUUCCAAGUUUUAUCUUUCCCUUUG